UUGAAAUACUCACCAUACUGCUCAGUAAUUUUGGUAAGAAAGAAGCAUAUUGCACGUAGAUUGCGGCGACUAUUUCCUUGGCCAGGUUCCAUAAAACGAAUGAAUAAUCCAUUUGCCAAAAAAGACACCACAUCGUCGGACAGCACACAGACAGAAGCAAGGCUGAAAGAUGAAAUCACUUAUGGAGUGCCGGAGGUAUCAGAUCUGUCACAGAAAUGGAAGGUUCGCAUAAAGGAGUUGGAAGCUGAACUGGAUAAACUGCGAAGCGAAAAUAGUCGACUGCGAAGAGAAGUCGCAGAGUUAAAGGACCAGAAUGAAAUGAUUCAAAAACAGCUGAACAGGAAGAAUGAGCAAAGCCAAACAUUGCUGGACGAAUUGACAGAGCUGCACAAACAACUGGAAAGCAGCGAAAGUGCCUAUGAGAAAUUGGAAUGCCAGCAGCGAGACCAAGAUCAAGAAAACAAACAGCUUUCCUAUGAAAUCAAGGUCCUGAGCCAGCAGAAGAGCAAGCUAGAGGCAGAGAUGAGAGAGAUGGAGGAAUUGCGUGCUAUCACGGAAAACAAGUUACACCAACUGCAAAACCGAUACGAUGCUUACAUGGAACAAUGCAAAACGGAGCGUCAGCGAUUUGAAGAGAAGCUGUCGAACGAACGCAAGCAGAGUGAUCAGCUUAUGGCACAGUUAGUAGAAGCGAGGAAAGGCAAUGAACAACAAAGUUUACAGAAUAGAAGACACAGUCAACUUAUAAAUAAGCAACGGGAUGCCGAACUAGAGGAGUUACGCAAACAAAUAGAAGAAAUGUUGAGAGCCAACAAACAUCAGCUGGAUCUGGUCGAGAAAAACGAAACAGCGCUGGCGGAACAACGGAAGACCACUUCUGAUUUGCAAGCACUCGUUGCGAAGUUGGAAGGGGACAAAGCUGAGCUUCAGCAUUGGAAGGAACACGGAGCUGCCAGUUUAACCACUACAGUCAGUUACCUCGAGCAAAGGCUUCAUGCAAAAGAAGAGGCCCUUGCUGUCAGUGAAUUCCAAGUUCAUGUGCUCAACGAUCAGUUGAGACAUGAAGCAAAGGAAAGGCGUGAAAUCCUCGAACAAGCCAAAGAUGAAAAAGCAAGAAUUAAUUCAAAAUACCGACAUAAAAUCAGACUGCUGGAAAGUCGAACCAGAGCAAUCAUGGCUAGGGCAAGAAGUCACCGAAACCUACUCUAUCGACGAUUAAUCUACAUGGUGGCCACCAGAACCCAACUCAAACGGCAACUGUCCGAAAAAACGAAAAGGAUAGAUCAACAAAAGCACUUCGUUUGGAAGGAUAGUUCUCUUUGCGGAAAUGGAGAUAGGGAGCUAAUAAAAAGACAGUCAAUACUCGACCAGGAUGACAAAGAAAUUCAGACUGAAAAAUGGGUCGUUGCGCAAAGAAACUUCUCAUCGACAGCACUGGGGAUUGAAGCAGAAGCCAAAUACGAGGCUCUACGGCAAGAGCUCGAUGCUUCCCGGAAUGCCUUAGACCAGCUCUUACAACUUUUGGAUAAUUACAUCGAUCGCAAUAUUCGUUCCGCCGUUUCAGAGAAAUCACAGUCUGCAAAGGGAGAAGCACAUGAAAUCCCUAUUGCCAGCGCUACAGACGAAAUUCGGAAACGCUUCAUGGACUUCAGACAGAUAUCUUCCCAAAUACGUCGUCACGUUCUGCACCCACCGGACGAGACUUGUGUUCAUCCAGCCAAGUGCGCAACGGUCAUGUUUCCGAUCUGGUGA